AUGUCAGCUUGGUGGUCAGGCCACAGCCUGGGUCCACAGUCCUUUGUUGGCAUCUUAACUCUUCCCAUCAUGGUCCUCAGUGCUAGUUGUAGCAGACAUGGGUCUCUCCCUCUCAGCAUGCCCUUGUUAUCACUGCACAAACAUGAUAGUAAGGUGUCAUCAUUUGAGUCGCAUCAAGUAUCUCUAACACCCUUCAAGACCAUCCAGGAUAUCACACCAGUGGAAUACGCAGCUGUCUUAGUGUUUACAUCUAAAUCACGCAUAGAAAUCAAAGCAAAAUCCGAUUACUUUCCAGACACUCGAGAAGUUGAGAUCAUGAGCUCCUCCCCCAUUCACGAAACCAUCAUUGCAUGGCUUCACAAAUGCUUCAUCACCUUCUCUUCGCAGAUCAGUCACAAUGACCAGUACAUCGACACACAAUUCUUCACAAACAAUCGGCUACCUGACAAAGAAUCAUUGCAACAAGUCCCAGAUAUUAUGGGUGUUGUGCAUUGUGUCAACCAGUUCGGCAAUGAUGAAAGUUUUGUUCGGUGGCUCGUUGAGGCAGGUUUCAGCCAAAGUGACACAUCCAUCAUGCAUAAAUUUGGGAACAUGGUGAAGAACAAUUCUGACAUCAAGAAGCUAAUUAGGGUUUUGAUCGACGAGGAUGGUACAUUCCAAGGCCCCGAAGAACACACUGAGGUGGCCAAGUCACUUUGCAAAUCUGGAGUGCGGAUGAACUGCGAGAAGUUCAAAAGCCUCAUCCCAUCCAAAACAGCUGACACAAUGUACGGGCCUGUAGUUGUUGGGGGGCACAAUUGGUUGAAGUUGAAGGCAGUUAGAAUCACAGUAUUCUUGAAGGAUGAAGCAUCAGGCAAGUUUCGAUUCGAUUCGAGGGAUCCUGAGCACUAUGCUGAAGGGACUCUCAUUCCCGAUGUGGAUAUGAUGUCCUCCGCCGUUUGCAACACUGCCUACUUUCAUUAUGUCGAUUGGUACAUCUACAAGUACAACAACAAGCAUAAGGGUGCUACUAAUAAUAGUACCGCUCCCACUACACAAGUCUCUGCUGGGUCAUCUCAGACCAUCACUCUGGCUACUCCUCUUCCUGGUGGUUCUACUACUGAACGUGAAUUGAGGAAGCCAAAGGUUUCAAAAGAGGUGACGAACAAUGUCUCAAAGAAGAAGAAGACAAACAGCAAGAAGUCUCGGGCCACCUAA